AAUUUCAUCUAUAAAAGCAACACAUAACACAUGCAGAACACACUUCAAAGUACUUCAAAAUCAUUAGCAUUACAAAGAGCUAGCUCCAACUACUGUGAUAUUUCAUCCUCAAGUUUUUCAGCUCGAUUAAACCAUGGCUUACAUGGGUUUUUCAACAACCAUUUUUCCAUGUAUGAUUCUAGCUAUAUUGUUAUCAAGCAGUAACACAUUGGUUGCCGGGGCACGCUAUCUUCUAGAAUCAAACACACCUCAGCAUCCAAAAUUUGAUUUCCCACCUCUACCAAAGCCCGAGCUUCCUACGAUUCCUGAAUUACCUAAGCCAGAAAUUCCUAAGGUACCUGAAUUACCAAAACUAGAGUUUCCUAAAGUGCCUGAGUUGCCUAAGCCAGAAAUACCUAAGGUACCUGAAUUGCCAAAGCCCGAGCUACCUAAAUUUAAUGUCCCUGAAUUGCCAAAACCAGAGGUACCUAAAGUCCCUGAAUUGCCAAAACCCGAGCCACCUAAAAUCCCUGAGUUGCCUAAGGUACCUGAAUUGCCAAAGCCCGAGCUACCUAAAUUUGAUGUCCCUGAAUUGCCAAAACCUGAGGUACCUAAAGUCCCUGAAUUGCCAAAAUCUCAGCCACCUAAAAUCCCCGAGUUGCCUAAGGUACCUGAAUUGCCAAAAUUUGAAGUACCUAAAGCCCCUGAAUUGUCAAAACUCGAGCCACCUAAAAUCCCUGAGUUGCCUAAGCUAGAAAUGCCUAAGGUACCUGAAUUGCCAAAAGCCGAGCUACCUAAAUUUAAUGUCCCUGAAUUGCCAAAACCCGAGGUACCUAAAGUCCCUGAAUUGCCAAAACCCGAGCCACCUAAAGUUCAUGAGUUUCCUAAGCUAGAAAUACCUAAGGUACCUGAAUUGCCAAAACCAGAACUGCCUAAGGUACCUGAAUUACCGAAACCUGAACUACCUAAAUUUAAUGUCCCUGAAUUACCGAAACCUGAGUUACCUAAAUUUCCAGCAAUUCCUAAAGUUGCUCCAACCACCACUCCAUAAGUUGGAUGCAUUGUCUCAUGUCAUCUAUAAUGUUCUCCUAUAUACUAGCUCAUGUUGUAUGAUGGGUGUGCUAUGAUUUAUACAAAUUUUCUAUUCAAUAUAUUUUAUGUUGUGGACUACAGCCAUAGUGGAGUGAUUGUUAAGGUUUAGUUUUGAACCUUAAGAAUGCAUAUUACUUUUAGUUUGAUCUUAUUUAUAUCGAUUGUACUACUGCUUAUUGAUGGUCAUUUGCUUUCAUGUAUAUGUGUUGUUGAGCUUAAUAAGAUUGUUCUUUUUAGUGAA